AGACGCCGUUUCUCUCACUGGUAUAACCCCCGUCAGAUCAAGCCAUAAUUACCUACCUUUACCUACUCGCAAAUCCAAGAAGGCACCCUCAUCAUGACUAUCGAGUCCAGGUGGAAAACGCCGGUGCCGCGCAGCUCUCUGCAGCAAUGGGUAUUCGGCUCGUGUCGCGACCCAUUGCCUGACAAGAAGGCUUUCAUCGAUCCCGAGCGGCCCGACACGCACUUCCUCACGUUCGCAGACUACCGGCUCGUCGCCAAGCGGGUGGCACUGGGCCUCCAAGCCGAGGGGCUGAAGCCCGGCGACAGGGUGCUCCUCUUCUCUGGCAACAACAUCUUCUUCCCUUCCUUCUUCAUGGGCGUUCUCAUGGCCGGCGGCGUCUUUACUGGCGCGAACCCAACCUUUGUAGCCCGCGAGCUGGCCUACCAGCUGCGGGACAGCGGCGCCUCAUUCCUGGUCGUCGCCGAGGCCGCCCUCCAAACAGCCCUCGAGGCCGCAGCGGAGGUCGGCCUGCCGCGCGACAAGAUCUUCGUCUUCGGCGCUGACACGCCGAGGACCGAGGCCGCGCACGCGAACCAACCAAAGCCGGGCAGGGCCGGCCGGAGCGGAGGCGUCCGGCACUGGACCGAGCUGCUGGCGGGCAACCCGGGCAGGGCCGAGGCGUGGGACUGGGUGGAGCCGGCGGACGCGGAGAACACGACGUGCUGCCUGAACUACAGCAGCGGCACGACGGGCGUGCCCAAGGGCGUCGAGAUCAGCCACUUCUCGUACGUCGCCAACGGGGUCGGCGUGGUGUACGUCAACGACCUCAACCCCGACGUCGAGGCGACGCGGGCGCGGGCUAGCGGGCUCUGCUUCCUCCCCAUGUACCACGCCUACGCGCAGACCUACUUCAUCGCCAACAUGCCGCGCGUCGGCAACCCCGUCUACGUGAUGCCGAGCUUCGACUUCGUCAAGAUGCUGACGUACAUCCAGCGGUACCGCAUCACCAUGCUGACCUGCGUGCCGCCCAUCGUCGUCGCCCUGGCCAAGCACCCGCUCGUGUCAAAGUUCGACCUCAGCAGCGUCGAGGCCAUCGGCUGCGGCGCCGCGCCGCUCGGCCACGAGGUCGGCGAGGAGGUCGAGAAGCUGUGGCCGUCGGGCGAGGUCCUCGUGCGCCAGGGCUGGGGCAUGACCGAGGUGACGUGCACCUCGCUGGCCUGGGACCCCAACGACCGUCGCCGCAGCUCGGGCGUCGGCGAGAUGAUGCCCAACUGCUCGGCGCGCAUCGUUGACCUCGCCACGGGCCGGCCCAUCGCCGAGACCGGCAAGCCCGGCGAGCUGUGGGUCACGGGCCCGACGCUGAUGCGCGGCUACUGGGGCAAGCCCGAGGCGACGCGCGAGACGCUCUCCGUCGACGCCGACGGCACGCGCUGGCUCCGCACGGGGGACAUCGCCUACGUCAGCGGCGUCUACGGGCCGGGCGCCAUCUUCCACAUCGUCGACCGGCUCAAGGAGCUGAUCAAGGUCAAGGGGAACCAGGUGGCGCCCGCCGAGCUUGAGGCCCUCCUGCUCGAGCGGCCCGACGUCGCUGACGCCGCCGUCGUGGGCGUCACCAUCGACGGCGAGGAGCGGCCCCGCGCCUACGUCGUCAGGGCACCCGGGUCGGAUGCCGGGGAGCGCGACGUCGCCGCGUGGUUGGCAGGCAAGGUGGCGCCGCAUAAGCAGCUCAGGGGCGGCGUGGUGUUUACUGACGAGAUUCCGAAGAACCCGUCUGGCAAAAUCCUCCGUAAGAUUCUGAGAGAGCGCGCGCGGAAUGAGGUCGGCGAUCGUACGCCACCGGCGUCGAAGAUCGCUUGAGUGAGUCUCGCCACAGGACAGAGAGAGAGAGAGAGAGAACAUCUUCGCUGGCAUGGCAUGCAUCGUGUAGCAACAUAUGGAGAUCCAUAUUUGCCAACAAGAUCGAGAUCGAAUCUCGUCGAAAUCGGGGGCCCUCGGUA